AUGGUCCCGUGCGCCCAGGGUCGCGUCAUCGUGGAAACGGCGCGUCCGGCGCUUCCGUAUUUCGCCACGUGUACCAGUUAUCGUCGACAAGUGGCGAUAACCAGCACCCCGAUCGAGAUAGCCAGUAUAUCUGGUACGUUCUCGAGUACCGCACAGACCGAUCAACAGUCAACGGGUUCUGGCAGCAACAGAGGCGCCAUCAGUAAGAUCCCGAUGCUUCCGGCUCACAGUACCGCGGCCAGACCAGAAGACCUCGGUGUAACGCCCUGGUACCUCGAGGAUUACCCUACCAUAGAUUCCUCGCCGGGGCCCAUGGGCGAUCGGAGCUCGUAUCCCUCGUACUCGCACAUGGACGCGGAAAUGAAACCGGAAAGCACGUCCACGAGGAAUAGCAGCAUCGACAGCGAGGUACCACGACCUGGUCCAGCGAGUGCCGCACCUAGGAAAGCGUACAUGGAUCUGAGAGACGCCAUCGCUCUGCUGGACGAAACCUGCCCGAACCAGGAGCCCAGUCCGUCCCUCACGCCGAGAACACCCAGGACUCCGUUAACGCCACACCCAAGGAAUAAACGGGCGCGAUCUAAGAGCAGCGACAACUCAUCGAACUAUAGCAGCGAGAAAUUAAACGAUCGAUCGUUCGAGAAAGAGGGUAAGGAGAAGAAGAGACCGUUUUUGAAGAAGAUCGGCAUCUCGAAGACGGAGGACAAGCCGUUCCUGGCGAAGCUUGCGCCUAGGAUAAUAGGCAAGCCUUACUUGGAGAAAAUCGGGCCUAGCAAGGCGGUGGAGAAACCUUUCUUGGACAAAAUUGGCUCGUCGAAGACGUUGGAUAAAUUUAUAUUCGAUACUCCGCGUUACGAAAAGUGGGGCGUUAAGAAUGAGACAUGCGUGGAGGAAGCAACGACAAAGACCGAGGAAACGAGGAAGGCGGAAGAGAGAAAGGUUCGCAAGAACAUGAGAGUGGAGCAAUCAUUUGACGUUCAACGUAGAAGGUCUGCUAAAGGUCCUUUGUUGAAGAUGUAUUCGUUCGAAACCGAGGAUCUAGAAUCGACUGUGCAAGUAAAGGAACUUCGAGAUCCUCUCAGAGGCGCUUCCUUGGACGAUGUCCUGGACUCCGGGCCUAGCUCUUUGCCGUUGGAUACUACCACCACGACGGAAGAAUCGCCUAAAUUGGAAACGAAGGAACGGGCUAGCAAUGGAGCUGAAUUGCUCAUGUGUCGCGUUACAACUAGCGAGGAAAUCAUUUUUACUAACGCAAGUGUCAGUUCUGAUAAAGAACUUAAUAGUUGGGACAAUUCGCCAAGAAAAAGAUGGCUGCUGAAGAGAGAUCCAUCGACACCAAGAACACCUACUCAUCGAAAGGUGAUUCAGAGCUCCCAGGCCGUUGAACAGACGCAAGAUAGCGUUCCCAAUUCGCCAGUGAAACGUCCAAUCUCAUCUGUUCUGCCGGAUCAAACCGAACCACAGGCUGACUCUUCGGAGAAAAAUAUUUAUUCGCCGAUGAAGACCAGAAGACAGACGUACGAGGACCUGCUGGACAGGGAUGGCAAGGAUCAGAGUGGAAAACCUAGCAAACAGGCGCAGUUUGAGAGAAGAGGCAUUUCUUCGGAUAAUCUUUUGUCCAAGGAUCGCUCUAUCGCUUCUGUUGUAUACCAAGAAAGAGACCAGGUCGAAAAAACUAGGGAAGCAUCGUCAGAGGAUUCUCUGGCGCAUAGGAUAGGUCAGGAGUAUUCCAAAGAAACGUUCAAACAGCUUCAGGAUAAGUUCAAGUACCAUGAAAUUCCUACUGAAACAUACGCAGACUUCAAAAGACGUACAAGAGGUAAUGCUCAAAGCAUAAUUGGAAGGCAACAGGAACGACUAAGAGCGAAUAACAUCGUGCCAGAUGCUCGUGACAAAAGUCCCAAGGAUCCUACGUCAAAAACAGACGAAACGUCAAAGUCGGUAAGUUCGACUCCCGCCAAGAUGGAAACAGAUUCGACUUUGGAAAGCAAGAACGAAGUGGUACGAGUCCAUGGAGGUACAGUUAGGUCUGUGCUGAAGAAACAACAGGGAAUAGAUCACCCUAGUGAUCAAGACUCGGACACUAAUUCAUCCAUAAGGCGACCAAAGAGAAGGAUCUUCCACGAACCGUCGCAAGAGACGAUGGACUUGCUGACUGAGCUAAGAAAGGUGAAGAGUUUGCUAAAGACUCCGUCGUGGGAGAAGGAGGAUCUUGAACUGGAUAAAAAACCAGUUCGACAGCCUAAGCGUAUUCUGUUGACUGACAAGGAAUUCUGUCUGUCCGUUGAACGGGAAAAUAGUAUUCGCCGUCCGUCGAGGGUGAUCAAUUCCCUAGAAAGAACAGAGGAAGGACAGCUUGAUAGGAAGCAAGAGGAAGAUCGGCAAAAAGAGAAGGAAACGGAGGAAGAAACGAAGGAGUCCGAUGGAGGAAUUCCUGGCCCGGCUCUGUUUGAGAAGAAGUGUUUGUCGUUGGACUAUGCCGACGAGGAAAAACCACACAAACCAGAAGCUAGAGCUAUUUCUAUGGCUCCUGCCAGGAAUUUGCCUUCGGAGGUUGAGGAAGCGGUCGAUUACUCGGAUGUAGCGUUGAUACGCGACUCCAAAAGCUAUUCCUCCGAUGUUUUCAACGCUGCAUCGGAUGAAACUAACGAGAAAGAGCGCGGUAGCGACUCGGAGAAAAACGUUCCGAAGAAUAUGAGCCAGAAUCACUGCGCCGAAGUGGAUAUCGCUAUUCCUAUCGAUCAGAAGGCAAGCAGUCCAAAGGGUAGGGUUCAGAUUCAGGGUAGGACUAGCGAUCUUUACGAGAUCAUAUCCCCGAGAUCAACGCCAUUCCGAGUAAAAAAGCGACUCGGAAAGAUCUCUGUCGAGGAGACGGUCAAGCCGGAGAGUUUCACCCUAGGUUCUAAGGUCGACUGCCGAUCCACCGUUGCCCAGAAACGGACCAAGUGCUUCCCUUUAUAACGCACGCCGACCUGCCAGUGGGCGAAACGCUCUCUGACGACGUCCUGUGUUUGGCGUUCACUCUGAACGAAAUUCGGACCGAGAAUAAUGGCAAAUCUAUUGGUCGUAUCGUUUAACUCUUCUGAUAAAGAUGGAUGGUGAGAUCGAUUUUGGAAGCGAAUCGUUUAAUUCUCGAGUAUUGUUUUUUCGCUGUUUAAACAAAUCUCUCUUUUUUCAACGGUGAUCACAAUAACAAUAGAUUGUUCCGAGAUUGGAAGAUGAUCAUUUACGAGGAAUUUCUGAAUUCUGACAAGCGUUUCUGGUUAUUGAUCGUUAGAUACAGCGAUUCCACGGUUGUCAAGAAUAAAUGUAAUUUGAUAAAUAACAAACGUGUUAUGCAAAAUUAAACGAUGAUGUAUCAGGAGGGUUAACAUGGCCUGGUGUACUGCCACGCCCUUAUCUCGCUCUCAAUUUCUAUCAGGGCGAAAAUAGCGAUCAACAUUCGCAGUUGUUCUUGGGGAUAAUCAUACGAACUUAAAUUCAACUCCCAUUUCUUUUUUCUUUUUUCCUUUACCGACAAACACGAUCAAAAAGUACAUAAACAGGACGAAUGAUAUUUCCUAAGAAACUAUCGUGGGGAACUUAUGUAAAUUUUUGAUUUUCAAUAAACUUAUGAUUUUCGGAACGUCCAUUUUCUCCAAGAUGCAAGCGAUUAGAGACGGGGAGAAUUUCCUUAAAGCUCGAGAGUCGUCAGUGCUUCACACUUACGCGGAUAAUAUUCUAAAAACGCAUCCCGACCACUUUUUACCCGACGUUUCGCGAUAGGAAACGGCUCGAAGAAGCUCGACAGAUCGACGCGAAAUUUUCCAUGCAGUGUAUUAUAUCCGAACAUCCGACAACGACGAAAAAACGGUGUCGCGCGCACACUUCCGCCUGUCGAGCAGUGCCUUGUUCGUGGAUAUAUUUAUUUAGACAAAAAUGAGAAAAAACAAAAAAACGAAGAAACGAUUAAGCGAAAGAAUUACGAAGAAUCCUAUCGAACGAUAAUUAAGUAAAAAUGAAGAAAAAAAAAAAAGAGAAAAAUCACAAAAAAAAAAUAUAUAUAUAAUAUAUAUUCCGACUGCGGGCCGGAUUUUCUGAAUGGGUCCAUGGAGUUGUGCUUUCGAUUACGCGCAUCACGAAUGUUCUUCGACGAAUUUUUGAGAAAAAGGAAACUUUCGCUAAGCUUCCGAAAUUAUAUACGAAAGCAGAAUGAAUUCGUACUCUUUUGAAAAAUCUAUUUGGAUCAGAAGCUUCGUUCAAGUUAGUUAUGUUACUCGAAUUCAACGGAUUAGUAGCAAUAAGACUUUAAGUUUGAAUUCGUACAAGUCGAGUUACUUAACUUUCGAUUCGAUAAUUUGUCUUUAAGAGAAUAUUUCUAAUGGAAAAUAGAGAAGGAAGCAGUUGUGUAUGCGAAUGAAACGUUAAUUAUAUAAUUAUAAACGUAAUUUGUAAUCCACCCUGUGAUGUAUAUCGUAUAACGUAACGCAAAAUCACCUCGAUGGAGAUUAAAGCUGUCCUAACAAGAAGAAAGUAAAUGGUAUAGAAUCUCGCUUGGAUUUACUCGAAUUUGAAUUAUUUGAACGUAGGUAACUGGGCUAAUCUGAACGAAGUUAAAGGGACGAUCGUGAACAGAAGAGACUAGGAAAUCUCGCGAGAGAGUGCAACUCCCACGCUUGCCAAGCCUAUUCCCUGUUCGGCGAAGCGCGUGACGUUUUAACGACGUAAAGAAAAACGUAAUAUAUUAUAUCGUAUCGGAGAAUAACAGAUUGUUACGUUCCUCUUAUAAUUUUCUAGAGGUAGAUAGGAUUGAUAAACAACACUCAAUGGAAUAAUACGGAAAGUAAAGAAUAAAUGUAGAUAUAUAAAUAUAAAUGUAUAUAUAUAUAUAGAGAGAGAGAGAUUUACAUAUAUAUAUAUAUAUAUAUUUAUAUUAUACACAGGCAAAAAAUACAAUGACACGUAAGGAAAAAAAAAAAGAAAAAAUGGUACAUACUAUCGUUACUCCGAUGGAAUAUUUGUACGUAUUCUAUAUACUAUAUAUAUUAUAUAUAUGACUAUUAGAGACUAAAGCGAGUUGGUAUAUAUGUAUAUAUAUACUUGCCACGUGGUGUAUACGCGUAUGUAUAUAUAAAUAUAUAUAUAGAAGCGUAUGUGUACCUAAAUAGGUGUACUUGUACGGAUCCUAUAGUUGACGAAAUGUGCCAAACAAAGAUACGAUUUAUUGUAUGUUAUGGAGUUACUUUUAUAUACAUAUAUUUAUACAGAGGGUUUACGUAAAGUAUAUAAAACCCCGAAUUGAAGAUUCUUAACGUAUUCUAAGUGUAGAGAAACUCUGUCAAUGUGGUACGCGGCGUGAAAUACGUCGCGCCCUUUUGUUUAACCGAUGUACAGGAUGAUCCAUUUAUUACGAUCGUUUCAAAUAUCUCUCCUAUGUUUAAGGAGAGAAAGGAGAAAUAUCCGUAAUACCGAUAAUACCAAUAGGUAUAUGAAAAGUUAUUUGAAAUAUAAUUUACAAAAGGUACGAUCUAUCGCGAUUAAAUAUUCGAUCAAUUCAAUAGGCAUAUAGAAAUUCUUAAUUCCCACGUUUGUAAUUCAAUGUGAAAUUUUAAGUAAUUAACGCCAUACGAUUAUAUUAACACCGAACGAUUAAUUUAUUUACGGUAAUCGUUAAGCAUUGCUUUUCUCAUUCAAAAACUGCAAUCAUCGAUUAUACGAGAUAACAGUGUCUUUUUUAAUAAAUUAGUAAAAUUCUAGCUACGGAGUGUCAAUCACGAGAAAGCUCAAAUUACAGUCAUUUUAUUUACGGUAAUCGUUAAGCAUUGCUUUUCUCAUUCAAAAACUGCGAUCAUCGAUUAUACGAGAUAACAGUGUUGUUGCGACCGUUCGCGAUGAGACGCGGUCGCGAGGAAACACGUCAGCGAGAGUCGUAAAUUCUCGCUACGAUUCGGCUAAUCGACGCCGCGAAAUGGUCGCUCCCCGCGUUUCGUUUAGGAUAACCGGGGUGAUUUACUGAAUGCAACUUAUUCUACGAUUGUAGAAUAAAUAUAUAUUUGUAUCACAAUAACACUUACAGCUUAUAUAAGGUGUCGGUUUAAAUAGUAUCGGAAGUUAUCACUAGAAUGUUCGAGUUAUAUCUUAUACAAUGUGACUGAUUUGGACGCGACCGUACAGAGAGUUUUCGACUGCGACUGAUCGGUUAGAAUGUUAGAUUGCGACUUUACGAUGCUUCUCAGUGAGUUCGUUGGACUGAGCGAUCGUGGUAGACGUGUUGAUUGAAUUGACGACGAAGACGAACUGACUUGAUCGUGACGAUGCUGUGUCGGAGGUGAGCUAAGGAAGGGUGUGUCUAACGCACGGAAUCAUCCGAUUUGUUGAUGACAGUUUUUGGUUGGAGAAGUGAGGGCAAUAGAAAUUGUUUCUAUUGGUUAGUAAGACUAUCGAUGGACUAGGAAGGGUAUUAGCCACCCUCGAUGGAAAGUUGGGAGUAGGAGGCAUCGCACGUGUGAACACUUAGCGAUCACGUGUUUUCCAGACGUUAACCAGAAACCUUAGAAAACGCUUUCGUGGAAAAGUCCUUGUUUGCGAUGAAAGACUUUCGCCAGAGUUUUCUGAGAUUUAUAUUCAGCCUGUGAGUGUUUUCAAGAGUACGCGAUAAGGAUGUGCGGACAUCUGGCUGCCAUCCGUCCGCGAUAUGAGGUCCGGCUCAGGUAGAGAGUCGGCCGACGUAACAAGUGUCUUUUUUAAUAAAUUAGUAAAAUUGUAGCUACGGAGUGUCAACCACGAGAAAGCUCAAAUUACAGCCAAUUUAUUUACCGUAAUCAUUAAGCAUUGCUUUUCCCAUUCAAAAACUGCAAUCAUCGAUUAUACGAGAUAACAGUGUCUUUUUUAAUAAAUUAGUAAAAUUGUAGCCACGGAGUGUCAACCACGAGAAAGCUCAAAUUACAGCCAAUUUAUUUACAGUAAUCAUUAAGCAUUGCUUUUCCCAUUCAAAAACUGCAAUCAUCGAUUAUACGAGAUAACAGUGUCUUUUUUAAUAAAUUAGUAAAAUUGUAGCUACGGAGUGUCAACCACGAGAAAGCUCAAAUUACAGCCAAUUUUAAUGGACGAGUGGACUCGCGUAAACCUAAGUUCAUCUCACGAGACAUUUGUCUUCGUAAAGUUUUAAAGAUCGUCGUUCUUCGCCGUCUGUCUUCUUCCUUAUCGAAAACGGAGUAUAUUUGAAGCGAUCGUGCUUUAUGGAUCAUCCUCCAUAUAUAUGCGUAUAUAUAAUAAACGAAUGUGUAUGUGAGUAGAAUAAUAAGAGAGCAGAAAAUUCGCGCAGUGUCGGUAGAACAGUAAUAUCGAGCUCAAACAUCGUCUUCGAUUCGAGGAAUUAUAGAUUUUGAAGAAAACGCUCUGUAUCGUUACGUGAGCGCGGACGCAUCCACACGAUCGUAGGUGUUUAAACGCGCGUGUAGCAAGUACGCGCGAAUUGUCCAUUGCACAGGUGAAGGUGCGCGUGCAGAUUACGCGUAUGCGUUCGUGUACCUAUAUGAGUGGAUAUCGUAUAUGGUACUUACACGUACACGUAUUCUCAUCGGCUAUAAUUUUAUUUAAAAAUCACUAUCCACCCGUGGUACUCGUUGUUUCUCCAUCAGUUCACCCCUUUUUCUUUCGACCUACUCAAAUUUAGAAAAUCAUAAAAAUUUCCUAUUUUAGCGUUUCUACGAUAAUUGUCGGAUCGAUUCAGGAAUCUUUUUCUAAAAUUAUUAUUUUUUAUCGUAGCAUUGUCGUAACUUAGUUUCUCUGAUUAUUCUCUGACUUUUAAAAUAAUUCGUGAAAUAAUCGAAUAAUAUAAUUUCUUCUCUAUUUCCUUAGUCUUUUUUUUUUUCUUUAAUUAUAGAAAUUUAAUUAUAAAAAUUUGGUCAUUUUGUGCGAAGAAACUUAAUUCGCUGUCAGAGUUAAGAUUCUUUUUAUCUGAUAUGACACAGUAAAGCGUAUCGUUGAUCGAUUCGAACGAAUCUGUUACAAUUAAAAGCAACGAGUACCUACUUGCUCGUAUGGAACAUAAUUCACGAUUUUCUUGUUCGGUAAACCCCGUGCAAUGCGCAUCGUUUACGUUCGACAAAGUGCAAUCAAAAAAUAUGGUGAGGCAGGGUUCGCGUUCUAAUUCGGGGCAUAAAUCGUCCAGACUCGUUCUUAACUUGGAAAAAGUGAGAGGAACAUCACAACAGCUAUCCGUCCAUCUUAUCGGCUGUCCAUGCUCUUCGUCUGUGUGUGUACCGCUAGAAAUGCGUGCUUCUCAUCUACAUAUAUAGUUGUCCAUGCAGAACAUCCUUUGCUUUUUACAUAACGACGUCGGAUGAAAUCGAGAAUGAUAAUGGAAGAAAAGUUAUUUUCAUUUGUAAGAAAAAAUCUUUAAUAGAUGCUGUGCUGUUUAAGAGAAAUUUAAGGAUCGCGUAAUGUAGCACAAGAAUAUACAUUUGGAAGAAUAUCAAGGAGAUCUAGAAACAGAAUAUUCUGCUAAUAAUUACAAAGAAAAGACUUUUUUUAAAUAAAGGUUUUUUAAAAAAAAAUCUUUAAAAACUGAUAGACGAAAAUUACUUUCCAAAUAAUCGUACAAAGUUUCAUCUACUCUUUCGGGUCGUGAAAUUUGAUUUUCAAAAUGAAAAGCUUCCAUACUUCUGGUACUGAAGAUUUAGAUAAAAAAUUAUUUAUAAUUAGCAAAUGAAAAGAAUAUUCCUUAAGGAUAAUCUAUUUUAGGCACAGAGGACCAGAAACGAAAAUGAAUUUUGCUUCGAUGGUUCACAAUUCGAACCGUAGAUAUUCAGAAGAAAAGCAACGUUAGGUAGAUGAAAAGCACGCAGAUCCGUUCUAAAGUAUUAAAAAACACAGAUCAAAGAUUCGCGAGGAGUAGAGAUCGUUAUAUUCGGGUUUUAAACUAAGUACGUUUCUUUCUCGCGGGCGAGAUUUUAGUGGCCGAGAACGAAACCCUAAACACGUCCAUUCGUCACGGUCGCAUGCAUGAACUUUUAAAGUUUUAUUGAAGAAGAAUUUAUGGGCCGUAUUAGAAAGUUAGCCGUACGAUUUUCUUAUUCCCGCUGGAAAUUUCGCGCUCGAAUGAAUUUUAAGGAUUUUACGCCCCAAUCAAUCGGAGAUCGUUUUUAUUCGAUUAUUCUAUCACAUUUUACUGGAGUAUUUUACUGGAGCUUCGUUGCUACGAAAGAAUAACGAAGAUUCUUUUAAAAAAGAAAGGAUUUCUUUUUCUAUUUAUUUGUUUGUCACUCCUGACGAAUUUCUUCUAUCGUUGUUUGGCCGAAUGGUUGCUAAUGUUUUAAUAUUUCAAGGGAAAGUGGAAUAUCGAAGUGUGGUAUUAUAAAAUCGGGAAAGAUUUUGAUAUCGAAUGAUUGGAUAGUUGUUGUUACACUAAAAUAUAUAGUAUAUUUUAUUUGUUGUAAAAGAAAGAUAAUAUAUGAAUGCACAUGUGAGACAACGGAGAAGCUUUUGAAACGUAAACGUACAGAUACUUGGACUAAUCGACAAUAUGAUGGAAAUGACCUAACGUUUAAUGUUUCUUUCAAGCUCGUUGAAAGCAUGUACAGAUUUAUUAGAUUUUUUAAAUGUUGAAUGUUUAUGUUGUCCAAUUGAAACUGUAUUCUAAGUAUUCUAAGCGAAUCUCUUGCAAGAUGUACUAGACUUGAAGAUACGUAUUGUUCGAGCGUCGAGUAUUUAAAUUACGCGCGCAAUUCACAAGCCGAACCUCGGAACUUUGGACGCGUAUUAUGUCUUUCAAACGAUGAUUGUUCUUUUUUUUUUUUCUUAUGAGAUUUUUGGCAAUAAAAUUAAACGUCUCUGUGAAAUAAAAAGAAAGAGAACGAUGUUGUCGCGAAUCAAGCGACAGGAUGAAUUUUUUAAAGCGCAAGACGUUAAAGCGUUCAAGAACUCAUUUUCACCAAGUUUGUCAUAUUUGCAAUUUCUCCCUUCCGUGCAUCGUUUUGCCCGAAAAAGUACGAAAUGCCAUGAAAAAACGUUGAGAACGAGUUCUAAAUGCAAUCCAUUUAUCGAACUGACAUUAAAUGGCGAGCGAAUGAGCGACGUUUUGUAAAUUGUGUGAUAAGUGAUUUAAAUAAAAACACGAUGUGGUACAUUUUGUGUAACAUUGGUACAUUGUUGUAAAUAAUAAAUAGAUCGUAUGUUGUA